GGAUGGUCACAGCCUCCCGGUGCCCAGCAAAGGCUUUCCUGCCCGCUCGGCUCAGCGCCACGGACCCGGGAGAAGUUUCCCGGGGGGAAAAUGCCCAGCGCGCGCGGGGUCCUGGAGCCGCCUGGAGCCGCUGCGCGGAUGACCUGAGUUGGUUUACCAGUUCUGCCUUGUGAGUUAAUCUCAUCAAUGUGGACAAGAAAGCUGCAUGUUUAUCAGCAAGACUGUUGAAAGCUUAGCUGUGCACAAUGCCGGUCCCUCCACCUCCUGCACCCCCACCGCCCCCAACUUUUGCUCUGGCCAACACAGAAAAGCCUUCCUUGAAUAAGUCCGAGCAGGCUGGGAGAAAUGCUCUUCUCUCUGACAUCAACAAAGGGAAGAAACUGAAGAAGACAGUCACCAAUGACAGAAGUGCACCAAUAUUGGACAAGCCUAAAGGAGCCGGUGCUGGUGGCGGUGGAUUCGGUGGAGGUGGCGGUGGCGGCAGUGGUGGUGGAGGAGGUUUUGGAGGGGGCGGACCUGGUCUGGGAGGACUAUUUCAGGCUGGAAUGCCAAAACUGAGAUCCACAGCCAACCGGGACAAUGAUGCCGGAGGAAACCGUCCCCCCUUGCUGCCUCCCGGAGGAAGAUCCGCGUCCGCCAAACCUUUCUCCCCGCCCAGUGGCCCCGGGAGGUUCCCGGGGCCCGGGGCGCCUGGGGGUCUUGGGGGCCACCACCGGAGCUGCCCGCCCGAUCUGCAGCGGAGCCGCCAGCCGCCCCCUCGGCCCGACGGGGGUUCCAAGCCCGACAGCGCACCCCCUCCCGUGCCCAGCACGCCUCGACCCGUCCAGUCCAGUCUGCACAACCGGGGGUCCCCGCCCGUGCCCGGGGGUCCCCGGCCGCCCGGCCCCGGACCCACCCCGCCGCCUUUCCCGGGCCACCGAGGCGCGGCUUUCGGGGGCGGCCCCGGGCGGCAGGUGCCGUCGGGCGCCCCGUCCCCCUUCUCCAACCGGCCGCCCUUGCCCCCUACUCCCGGCCGGGCCUUGGAGGACAAGCCCCCGCCGCCGCCGCCCCCCGUGGGCAACCGGCCGGCCCUGCACCGCGAGGCCGGGCCGCCGCCGCCGCCGCAGAACAGCAAGCCCCCGGUGCCCUCCACACCGCGGCCCGGCCCCGGCCCCGGCUCCGCCUCGCAGGCCCCGCUGCCGCCGCUCCCGCCCGGCAGGCCCGGACCCCCGCCCCUGCCCCCGGGCUCCGGCGGAGGCGGCUCCGGCGGCGACGAAAUCCCGCGCCUCCCGCAGCGAAACCUGUCGCUCACCUCCGCCCCAGCUCCCGGACCCUCGCCCGGGCGCUCCGGCCCGCUGCCGCCCCCGCCCAGCGAAAGGCCCCCGCCGCCCGUGAGGGAACCCCCUGGACGGUCAGGCCCUCUCCCUCCACCUCCUCCAAUAAACAGAAAUGGCAAUGCUACCCGGGCCCUGCCUGCCACUCCCCAGUUGCCAUCCAGGAUUGCAGUAGAUAGUCCCCGGAGUGGACCCAGGCCACCUCUGCCUCCUGACAGGCCUGGCGCUGCAGUGUUUCCACCACCUCCACCAUCCACAUCAAUUCGAAAUGGCUUCCAGGACUCUUCAUGUGAAGAUGAGUGGGAAAGCAGAUUCUACUUCCAUCCGAUUUCUGACUUGCCACCUCCAGAGCCAUAUGUACCAACAGCCAAGAGUUAUCCCAGUAAAUUGGCAAGAACUGAAAGCCGGAGUUCCAACCGAAGAGAAAGGGGUGCCCCGCCCCUACCUCCCAUCCCCAGGUGAUCUUUGCCUGUUCUUCUCCAGCAGAACUCAAGGUGACUUCUGUUGUUGCCCUCUUAAGAGUUGCACACCCUCACUCCUUGUCUUCACUUGUCUCCAGCUGAUUGGCUACCAGGAAAAAAGGAGGGUGAUGUUGCAUCAUUUGCUGCGCUGUGGAAUCCAGUUAAGAAAUGCGCCCGUUCAUAUGCUGUAGAUAUCCGCAAAGCUAUUGCUUGCUCAGCUAUAGGCUGCUCUUGGCUGCUUGAGGUGGGUUUUUGUGAACUGAGAUGUUUCAGCUUCCAACCCACCAGAAUCAAGUGUCCACUGCUUAUUAUAAUGUCCACUGCUUAUAGUGUCUGAGCAGACACUAUCUAAUGAUUAAAGUCCCUGAAGAUUG